AUGCUAAAUGUAUGUUUUUUAAAAUAUUCUCAACGACAAUUUGUACAGUUUUUAAGUGGAACUAUGUUGGUUGCAUCAUCGAUUUAUUAUUUCAGAAGAGAGAAUAUUAAUGCAGAAUGUCCUUUUGGAAAAGACUCUUUUAAUACCAGUGCAUUCUCAAAAAUGCACUCACGAGAGGAACAGAUAGAAAAGCUUAAGGCACAUUCUCAAAAUGAUGGUACUGAAUAUGAUCUUUUAAUAAUUGGAGGAGGUGCCACAGGAGCUGGAUGUGCAUUGGACGCUUCCAGCAGGGGAUUGAAGGUAGCAUUAGUUGAGAAAUAUGAUUUUUCUAGUGGAACAAGCAGUCGAAGCACAAAAUUAGUACAUGGUGGUAUACGAUAUUUGGAAAAAGCAGUUAUGAAAUUAGAUUAUGAUCAAUAUUCUCUUGUGCAUGAAGCUUUAUGUGAACGGAAGACUUUUUUGAGCAUUGCACCACAUUUGGCAUUUGCUUCUCCAAUAAUGAUUCCUAUUUAUAAAUGGUGGCAAAUUCCAUAUUUUUGGGCAGGUGUGAAGGCAUAUGAUUAUUUGGCUGGAAAAGAUAAUAUAAAAUCUUCAUAUUUUUUAACUAAAAAAAAAGUUAUGGAACUUUUUCCUAUGUUAAAGACUAAAAAUUUGGUUGGUGCUUUAGUAUAUUAUGAUGGUUUACAGAAUGAUUCUCGAAUGAAUGUUAGUUUAAUAUUGACGUCUGUAUUAUAUGGAGCAAAUGUUGCAAAUUAUGUUGAAGUUUCCGAAUUUAAGAAAGAUAAAAAUGGUAAAAUAUGUGGAGUGAUAGUUAAAGAUCGUUUAAAUGGAGAUAUAUGGACAAUUGCUGCUAAAGGUGUUAUAAAUGCUACUGGCCCUUAUACUGACAUUUUGAGAAAUCUUGAUUCUCCAUCAAGUUCUAAAAUGGUGUCGUUAUCAUCUGGUGUGCAUAUAGUUCUUCCUGGAUAUUAUUCUCCUAAAAAUAUUGGGUUUAUUGAUCCUAAUACGUCAGAUGGACGUGUAAUUUUCUUUUUACCAUGGCAAGGAAAUACUCUUAUUGGAACUACAGAUUCUCCCACAGAAAUUUCAGAUAACCCAACUCCUAAAGAAGAGGAAAUUUCUUGGAUUUUAAAUGAAAUCAAGAAACAUUUAAAUAAUGAUUUUGUUAUUAGAAGAGAAGAUGUUCUUUCUGCUUGGUGUGGUAUUAGGCCUUUAAUUUCUAACUCUGCUUCAAAAAAUACAGAGAAUUUAGUAAGAAGUCAUAUAAUAGAUAUUAGUGAUAGUGGGUUAUUAACUAUUUCUGGUGGAAAGUGGACAACAUAUAGGCAGAUGGCUGAAGAUACUAUUGAUAGAGCUGUUAAAGAGUUUAAUCUUAAGCCUUCUUCCGUUAAAUGUUUAACGUCAAAUAUUCAAUUAAUAGGUGCUUCUGGAUGGAAAAGCACGUUAUAUGUUUCUUUGAUUCAUCAAUUUGGAAUUGAUACUGAUAUUGCAAAAUAUUUAUCUAAAAAUUACGGAGAUCGUGCAUGGUCUGUUCUUGAUAUGUCAAAAUUAACUGGGAAAAGGUGGCCUUCUAGAGGCAUUAGAUUAAAUAGUAGAUAUCCCUUUAUUGAUGGGGAAGUUCGUUAUGCAGUUCGAGUAGAGUAUGCUCAAACAUGUGCAGAUGUUUUAGCAAGGCGGACAAGAUUGGCAUUUUUGGAUGUUUAUGCGGCAUUAGAAGCGUUACCCAAAGUUAUUGAUAUUAUGUCUGAAGAAUUGAAUUGGUCUAAAACACGUAAAGAACAAGAAUGGAAAAAUACACUUGAAUUUUUGUGUUCUAUGGGUCUUCCUGAAACAAUGCAUUAUUUGACAAGAACUGAUGUUGAAAAUUAUAAAUUUUUAAAAUAA